GUCCCACGCGCGUGUACCGCAUCUAGACUUUUGAAUGCCUUGAUUGUUGUGUUCCGUGCGCAAAUGAAUCCGUCGCAGAUGAAUCCGCAGGAAGCAAUAUUCGCUGUCCCUAUCUUUGUGAUCUUCCAUCGAACUCCUUCGCAGUCCCAACCAUCAGCCAAUGAACGACCCUGGUCUUGACGCGCCAGCGCAGCAGGCGGCAGAGGAUGUCGAAGAGAAUGUUUACGAGGCCGACAAGGAGAAGGCGGAGGCUGAGGAGCAGGUCUUUCUAGAUCCAAGUCGAUGGUGGUUCGCAUCGACAGCAUGUCCUCUUAUCGCGGGAACUUUUGGACCUAUCGCAAAUGCGUUUUCCAUAUGCGCGCUGGUCGAAAAAUGGAGAGUUUACCUUCCCCCUGGGGUUGACGAGGGCCACGGGACAAAGGUCGAAGAUCCCAAAUGGCUGGUAGCCGUCAACUCAAUAUCUCUUGUCCUCGCUCUCGUCGCCAACAUGGCCUUACUUCUUAACAUGACCAGGCGAUUAUCCUUUGCAAUCGCGCAGCCUAUCACCAUUAUCGGAUGGUUUCUGGCCUCGUUCAUGUUGAUCGCUCUCGUCGCAGUGGCUUCGGCAUCCGUCUUUCGCAUACAACCGGCCACAGAGCACGCGUUGAGCCAAGCGUUUUACUACGGGAUCAUUGCCGCUGGACUUUACUUCAUCAUUGCCUCGCUCAUGGUUCUUACUGUUUAUGGCGCCUAUCGCGGCCACUAUCCGAAAGAAUUUCGGCUCACGGCUAGUCAACGCACCUUGAUGCUACAGACUAUUAGCUUCGUGUUCUACUUGCUUGUCGGUGCACUCGUUUUCUCCAAGGUCGAAGGUUGGAACUUUCUCGAUGCUGUCUAUUGGGCUGAUUUUACGCUGUUGACUGUGGGAGUUGGAGGAGAAUUUGUUCCCAAAACCCAUACAGGUCGGACAUUACUCUUCUUCUAUGCAAUCGGAGGAGUGGUGUCGCUUGGUCUAGUCAUCGGCUCGAUUCGCUCUCUUGUGCUCGAAAGAGGUAAAGAAAAGAUGUCAGCUCGUUUUUUGGAGAUGAAAAGGCGGAGGGUACUUGCUUCAAUGGACGAGGAAAAAAGGACGAUCAAGCUAGGUCUUUGGGAGAAGAUCGAAUUCUCGGAAAAGGGCUUGAGCGAGGCUCAAAGACGAGAACAGGAAUUCAACGUAAUGCGACGCAUCCAAACGAAGAGCGAACGGAAAAGACGAUACACCGCGCUUGCCAUGUCCUCUACGGCCGCCCUUCUCCUAUGGUUCCUCGGGGCGUUGGUUUUCAUGCACUCUGAAAAGCCACAAGGUUGGAGCUACUUCGUCUCGAUGUACUUUUCGUACACAUCUCUACUGACCAUUGGAUACGGCGACUAUUCCCCUACGAGUAACUCCGGCAAAGCCUUCUUCGUAUUCUGGAGUCUACUCGCAGUUCCAACGCUCACCAUCUUGAUCAGCAACAUGGGCGACACUGUGAUCAAAGCCUUCCGAGACCUGACUAUCUGGGUGGGAUCGUUUACUGUUCUCCCGGGUGAGCACGGCGUCAGCGGAACACUGAAGUCCGGUAUUCAACAACUGAAGGUUGGAAAAAUCUUUCGCGAUGACGACUCAACUGAAAGGAAACUCACAGGACGGUCUGCAGCUGAGCAGACACUGCGGGAUCGCCUUGCAGAGCACAUCGAAGAGGACGAGCUUGCUGAAGCAGAAGAGGCUGGCGAACAUGGCAACAAGCUCGACCGCGACAUUCAUUUCUACCACUAUGUUCUUGCGAAAGAAUUGCGAAAAUUGAUGCGAGAUGCGGACGCCUCGCCACCAAAGCAGUACACAUACCAAGAGUGGAAUUACUACCUCCGGCUGAUCGGGCAAGAUGAGAAUGAUACAUCCGCACAUCGUAAGCCAAGGGUGCAACAUGAGCGGAAACCGCAUAGCCGCCCCGACCUCGGAAGCGCGGAUGAAGGCGAACGGAUCGCAUGGAGUUGGCUCGGUGUCAGGAGCCCCCUGAUGGGCAAUAAGUCGGAGGCUGAGUGGCUUCUGCAAAGAAUAUCUGCGACGCUUGAGCUCGAAAUGGAUAAAUUACGGAGCUCUAGAGCGAAGCGCGAGCCCCCGCCAAUAUCAAUGGCUGAUCUGAGGAAUAGGGAAGGUCGGUCCGGUUCCGAUGCUGAGCAGGAUGCAAAGAAAGGGCUGGGUGCGACUGAAGCCAGGAGAAGGUUGAUGCGUGAUAUGUGAAGCAGAUGCAAACGCUAGCCAUUGAAUUCGGCCAUUAGAUUCAAACUAACGGCUAGAAAGCCUUUCGAACCUCAAACGAUGUCGGUAAAU